CGGACUGUUGCAGAAGGGCGCAGAAUGUCAGGCGGGCAGGUAACAGUUAACUUCGCCACAAGUGAGGAAAAUAUGUCGAACUAAAGAGUUUGGGGGAGAGAGAGCGGAUUUCCACAGUAAAUUCACACCGCAUCAACGGGAUUAUCGCUUGGCAACAAGAAGAGAAGAGAACAUUUGAAAAAAAAGCAUGUAGGAGCCGUGCGUAAAGAUUCCUGAGAGGGGUUGAUCAUCGCAGGGAGGAUUGCGCCAAAGUGCGACUUGAGGACCAGCUUCUUCAUGCAAAUUCAUGGAAUCAUAGGCGUGCCUUUGAGCGAUGGAGUCACAGCCGGGAAAGCAAACCCCCUCCUGGAUCACCAGCGACCUUCAAAGACUGUGAUGCGCAGCGCUCCGACUCAUUAACCGUGAACCGGGGCACAUGUUUUAAAAGCACCGAGGAGGAGAAGAGAAAGUUAGCUCUCAUUUUCCACGCGCUUCUUGACCAGCCGCACCUCUUCUUCGACACAACAGCUCCAAGCGGACUGGAUCUCCAACCACAGGCUCGUUGCUGUCACUAUUUCACUCGGGUCUUUAGUAUUUCCUGUCUCUAUUUCUAUAUGUUCACAUUCAAUUUGGACGACUUCAGACAGUCAGAGCCCUGAUGCGCAGGACGCUCCGCUCGCAUAGAACUUGUGCGUAAAGACGCAGAUCACAGAUUUGUUUUUUCUUUCAUACAAUCUAAAUCACCGAGGACUUUUCACAAUGUCAGAGGAGGACACCAGCUCCACCGCCAGCUCAGAAGGCAGCAACGUCAGCGUCCUCCACUGGGAGCAAGUGCAGCGGCUGGACGCCAUCCUGACGGAGACCAUCCCGAUCCACGGCCGAGGGAACUUCCCCACGUUGCAGAUGCAGCCGCGGCAGAUCGUGAAAGUGGUGCGCAGGCGGAUGGAGGAGAGACAGAUCCACGUCCGGGACGUUCGGCUCAACGGCUCAGCAGCCAGCCACAUUCUGCAUGGAGACAGCGGACUGGGCUACAAGGACCUCGACCUCAUAUUUUGCGCCGAUAUGAAAGGGGAGAGUGAUUUCCAGAUUGUGAAGGACAUCGUUUUGGACUGUCUCCUGGAUUUCUUACCCGACUGUGUGAACAAAGAGAAAAUAAGCCCGUUAACGUUAAAGGAAGCCUAUGUGCAGAAGAUGGUGAAGGUGUGUAAUGACUCAGACCGCUGGAGUCUCAUCUCCCUCUCCAACAACCGCGGAAAGAACGUGGAACUGAAGUUUGUGGACUCCCUCCGGCGGCAGUUUGAGUUCAGCGUGGACUCCUUUCAGAUCCGGCUGGACUCCCUGCUGCUGUUCUACGAGUGCUCAGAGAACCCGAUGGCCGAGACCUUCCACCCCACCAUCAUGGGCGAGAGCGUGUACGGGGACUUCGGCGAGGCCCUGCACCACCUCCGUCACAAGUUCAUCUGCACCCGAAACCCCGAGGAGAUCCGGGGCGGGGGUCUGCUGAAGUACUGUCACCUGCUGGUGAGGGGCUUCCGGGCCGCCUCCGAGUCCGAGAUGAAGUCCCUGCAGCGCUACAUGUGCUCGCGCUUCUUCAUCGACUUCUCUGACAUCGGCGAGCAGCAGCGCAAGCUGGAGUCCUACCUUCAGAACCACUUUGUCGGCCUUGAAGACCGCAAGUACGACUACCUGAUGACCCUGCACGGAGUGGUCAACGAGAGCACGGUGUGCCUGAUGGGACACGAGAGGCGGCAGACGCUGGGCCUCAUAGCCAUGCUGGCAGUGCGCGUCCUCGCCGAGCAGAACGUCAUCCCCAACGUGGCGAACGUCACGUGUUACUACCAACCCGCCCCUUAUGUGGCAGACGGCAACUUCAGCAACUACUACAUAGCGCAGGUUCAGCCGGUGUUCGCCUGCCAGCAGCACGCGUACUCCACCUGGCUGCCCUGCAACUGAGUGAGCCCGGAGGGACGGGGCAGGAAACAGAAGCUGGUUUGUUUAAACGAGAGCGAGCGGCGUGGUUGCCUCCUCAAACCUGCCCAGAGUCCUCUUUUUAGUGUUUCGCCUCAAAGGCCGCGUUUGACUUUCACUUCGAGUACAUAUUUCAAUGUGAAUGACUCACAUUUCUCGAAGAAAAAAAAAGGCCUACUGAUUCUAGCCAGGCCCACCGGGUUUGGAAAAAACUAAUUUGUGGUAGCUUGGAAAUAAAAGGCUCGACGCGAAAAUGCGCUUUGGCCUCGAACGCGAGCAGCAGAACUGUCAGCGAAACUGGUCGAGACAGAUCGAAGUCCGUCUAAAAGUGACCAGCCAGCAUGUUGCAACAGACCAAUCACCUGCAUCAGUGCCCUGAAGUCGAACCAAACACACACACACACACACACACACACACACACACACACACACACACACACAUAUGGUGAAAUCAGAGGUGUGAGCAUUAGGGCUCCAAAACAAGCAAUCGGCUUAACUGAGGUGGGGAUGCUGUUAAAGUAGUUUGAAUCUGCAAACUGGCAUCUUUGCCUCACGUUCGCUUAUCAUUAUGUUUGUUUACAGACCAAAGACUUUAGUUUCAAUCGUUCUCUAACAUUAAAACUCUAUUUUGAGGGGGGUGGGUGGGGGAUAAACAGAAAAACGAACCUGUGCGUCUUUGUACAUGCGAACAUGUGCGUUUGUAUCAAGUGCCUAUAAGAGAAUGAGCAGGCCAAAUGAUUAUGUCUUUUUGUGAAUUUGCCCCCCUGUGUUUAUGGCCACUCUCAGCAGUAGACAAUAGCACCCAAAAGGCUUGUGAAUGUACAUGUGAAAUCAUGCUGUCAGUGUUUUUUUUUUUUUUUUUUAAAUGCUUGGAUGA